AUGGAGGUGAGCUGCGGAGACCCCCGCACGCCCCCUCACCCCGCAGGCCUGAGGGAGGGACUUGAGCCGAAAGUCGCGUUCCGUGGAGGUGCGAAUCGCUGCUGGAACCUCAGUGCGGACGCCAGCAGUCGACUAACAGAUGUCUUCAACAGCGUCAUGCUGACGGGCUCCCCUUCCUUCUAUGAUUGCUACAAAUCGCAGAAUGAAGAUAGUGUUGACCUAAGGCAGACCUGUGCUCCACUUUCUUCAUCAACGGAAUAUGCAAGUUCUGUAGAUUCUUCACUUUUCUAUGCACCAUGGUCUACAUAUGGAGAUGAUAUUAAACAGCCCUCUAAUUCUCAGAUCAAUGUAAAGAACAGGAUUCAAACAGAAAGAAAUGACUACGGUAGUGAAACAGACUUAUAUGGACUUGUGUCUAACAUUUUGGAAGAACAAGAUAAAUCACAGCCAUACUUUGCUGAGGGGACCUGUUCCUCCAAUUUAAAGUCAGUUUGGCCAAUGAACACAAGCAGAUUUGCAGAUCACCAUGACCUCUUAACAGAAACCAAAAGGCCAGUAGAUACAGCCAUCUCUCAGCAAGCUUUUUAUACUGGUGAAUCUGUGUCAGCAGUGGAAAAGCAGUACCUGCAUAACAGUAAUCUCAUACCACAACAAAAAAUAGAUGAACUUUAUCAUGGAUUUACUGGUUUAGACCUUGAAGAACAAUGGAUGUACCCCUCACGAAGUGAUCAUUCUAACUGUUACAAUAUUCAGACAAAUGAUACAGCUAAGACAGCAUGUCAAGAAUAUCCAUUUAUCAAAAAUUGUUUUACACCACAAACUGGUCUGUCUGACAUCAUGAAAGAAUCAGGAGUUGAUACUUACUCUUAUGGAAGAGAGAAAAUAUGUGCUAAAGGUCUUGAAGCACCAUUACAGCAAAAGAGGGCAGAGAUAUUUCUUUCCCAAUUUAAUAGGUACAGUGAAAAUCCAGAUUAUUGUAGAUACCCAGAAUAUGCUCAUCCUAAUAAGGCUAAGCUGAGUAAGUGUUUGAAUUUUAGUGUCCAAGAUAGUAAAAAAUUAGCUAGUGCCACACCUGAAGCACCAACUGUAGAAGCAGACACCUACACCAAGUUAUUUCAGGUAAAACCAACAAAUCAGAAAAAAAUGGAGGAGACAAUACCUGACCAGCAGAAUUUCACAUUUCCAAAAACUACACCACAUCUGACAGAAAAACAGUUUGGAAAGGAAGCAGCAUUUACUGCUGAUUUUGGCUUAAAAUCAGAAUAUGGACUAAAACCUCAUACAACUUGUCCAGCUAAUAAUGAUUUUGCUAAUGUCACAGAAAAACAACAGUUUACUAAACCUGACCCCCCAAAUUCUGAGUAUUUUAAAUCAAUGAAUUUACUAGCAAAUUCAGCAACAUCUUCAGGAGGUAUCAACUUAAACAGACCAACAUGGAUGAAUGUCCAAACAAAAAAUAACACUCCUAUUCUUUAUCGAAAUCAAGGUAACUUGAUGAAAUUAAAUUCUCAUUUAAGUGCAGCUUCAAAAGGUUCCAACCAGUCUUCAGAUUUCCCCCAACUAUCAUCUACAAAUUUAACCCCAAAUAGCAAUUUAUUUCAGAAGUAUUGCCAAGAAAACCCUUCAGCAUUUUCUAGUUUUGAUUUUGGUUACAAUGGUGCAGAAAGAAUCCAAUCUGUCAAUCACAUGGAAGGACUGACAAAGACUGGAGAAGAAAAUCUCUUUGAAUCUGUUACCGAUAAAAAAAUAAAGCAGCCAAAUGGAUUUUGUGAUAACUAUUCAGCUCAGCAGUAUGGGAUCAUUGAAAAUGUAAACAAACAUAAUUUUCAAGCUAAGCCCCAAAGUGGACAUUAUGAUCCUGAGGAAGGGCCAAAGCAUUUAGAUGGCUUAUCUCAAAAUACAUAUCAAGAUCUGUUGGAGUCACAGGGUCAUUUUAAUAGCCACAGACAAGGAAGUGGAGACAGCAAUAUUAAUAGCCGUGUGAAUCGCACACAGGCGUCAUGUUUUUCUAAUAAUUAUAUGAUGGGAGAUUUAAGGCAUAAUCAGAGUUUUCAACAACUUGGUUCAAGUGGGUUUCCACUAAGAUCCACUCAUCCAUUUGGUCAUUCAGUUGUUCCACUGUUGGAUUCAUAUGAUUUGUUUUCUUAUGAUGACUUAAGCCAUUUAUACCCAUAUUUUAAUGAUAUGAUGUAUGGUGAUAAUUCCUUUUCUGGUUUCGUGCCAACUUUUGGAUUUCAAAGACCAAUUAAAACCCGCAGUGGACCAGCCAGUGAACUUCAUAUUCGUCUAGAAGAGUGCUAUGAACAAUGGAGAGCAUUAGAAAAGGAGAGAAAAAAGACUGAAUUGGCCCUUGCGAAGAAUUAUCCAGGGAAAAAAGUGUCCAGUACUAACAAUACUCCAAUUCCACGGCUGACCUCCAACCCAUCUAGAGUUGAUCGGUUAGUUGUGGAUGAACUUCGAGAACAAGCCAGAGUUGUGACUCUACUGGGCAAAAUGGAACGUCUUCGAAGCUCUCCCCUUCAUGCCAAUAUCUCUACAGCUCUUGAUAGACACUUGGAGUCCAUUCACAUUGUACAGUCACGUAGAAAGGAUGAAAUUGUUAAUGCUUCAAAUCGGCAAAGGCAAGGAGUUCCUAGAUGCCAAGAUGACAGAGAUGUUUUUGCGCUUGCUUCAGCAAUUAAAGAGAUGUGUGUAGCUACUCGGAAAGCGCGUACUACCCUGUGGUGUGCACUGCAGAUGACCUUGCCAAAAACAGCCAGUACAGCUGGCCAAACAGAUGUAGAAAAGGCUUUACAAGAUAUAGUAAACUGUGAAGAUAAAGUCCAUGAAAGCCUAAAUAGUAGCAAUCCAAUGAACCAGAGAGGUGAAGCAAACAAACAUUAA